UGGUCACUACAUCUCUCGUCUUUCGUAAUUUCUCUAGGGCCGUUAUACUAUGGCGUGGUCGGUAGCAGUCGUUAUUGCCUUGGUUAGUCUCAUUGUCACUGCUCCUUCGUCCCUGCUAGUUGUUUGGGCCUAUUACAGACGAGAUCAGCAGGAAUCACACAGGGCAGAACCCAUGUCAAACUAUACCAUUACCGCCGAAUACAAUCCUCGAAGAACGGCUCAAUUGGGCAUAUACAAUGAGGAAAUGUUACUCGAGACAGGCCCACAUAGGCGCAGCACUCGAAUGAAAUUUGAUGGUCUACGCUGCCCUUGAUGUUAUUAUUUGGCACAUGUUCUUCCUGAG